AGAAUGCUGCCAAGCUUUCCACACCACCACAACAAAUCCAUUUCCCAAGACGAAACCAUUGGCUUUGCAUCUGCUGAUACCCUGCCUGUUCGCAACCAUAACAAGACAACUGCCUUCGCCACCACCAACAAUACUACUACAUUAUCUAAUAAUACCAUCAGCAUGCUCGCCGAAGCCCCUCCUCCCCCGACCCUGACGCCUCGCACAUCGAGUUCCUCCACCGUGGGUCGGAUCAGUCGCUCGCAUCGCACGAAACAGAGUCGCAAAGCGCGCAAUGUGAGUGUGAAAUUCCAAGCGCAAAACUUUGUCAAGAAUCGUUUGUUGGGAGAAGACUUGUCGGAAUUCUACGACAUUGGUGACAAGAUUGGGGAAGGUGGCUUUGGUGAAGUCUUUGGCGUCGUUCACAAAAAGACGGGCGCCGAACGGGCCGUCAAGGUCAUUUACAAAACCGAAGACGACGAUGUCGAUUUUGAAAAGGUCAAUACCACCAUCAAGAACGAAUUCGCCGUGGUCAAAUCACUCGAUCAUCCCAAUCUACUCAAACAGUACGAAAUGUUUGAAGAUGAUGACAAGUUCAUGAUUGUUACUGACCUCUAUAGAGGUGGCGAGUUACUGGAUGAAUUAGAAGCCAUUGGAUGUUUCCAGGAAGACGACGCAGCCCUUCUACUCAAUCACAUGCUCACUUGCAUCAAUUACAUACACGGCAAUAAUCUGGUCCAUCGUGACUUAAAGCCCGAAAAUAUUUUGCUCGAAGAGAAUAUGAAAUUGGACGACAUUAAAAUUAUCGAUUUUGGACUUGCCAAACGCAUGGCGCCCGGUACCAAAUUCAAGGACUUUGUCGGAACAUCGUACUAUAUGAGUCCCCAAAUUGUCAAGGAAGAACCCUACACGUCAAAAUGCGAUGUUUGGGCCUGUGGCGUCAUUGCCUUUUUGGUCUUGGGUGGAUAUGCCCCCUUUGAUGGGGAUGAAGUUGAUGAUAUCUGCGAUGCCAUUGAAGCCGGUAAGGUAAUCUUUGACGAUGAACCCGAUAUUUGGGAUUCCGUCAGUGAAGUCGGGAAAGAAUUCAUUCGGUAUCUUUUGGCAUAUGAAGAGAAGGACCGACCCACGGCAUACGAAGCAUUGCAGCAUCCCUGGUUGACCGAUAUUCGACGAAAGUCACUCAAACAAUAUCGACGAUCCAGUAGUUUCACGGCCCGAACGGCCUUGGGAAACAUGGAAGGAUUCGAAGCGGGAUCCAAACUCAAACAAGCCACGUAUGCACUCAUUGCGUCCCAGCUGCUACUCAAAAGCGAAAAGGAUGAUAUUGAUGAAGUCUUUCGAGUUCUGGACAUGGAUUGUUCAGGACGAAUCAGCAAGGAAGAAGUCAAACUAGGAUACAAGGAAUUCUACGGACAGGAUCUCAGUGAUGCCGAUGUCGAACUCAUCUUUCAACGAGUCAACUUUUCAGGAUCCGGAAUGAUUGAAUAUUCAGAGUUCGUUGUGGCCAGUCUCAUGCAAAAGGACAUGUUGAAUGAUCAGAAACUCAAGGCAGCAUUCGAUGAAUUCGACCUGGACGGAAAUGGAUUUAUCGACAUGAGUGAAUUGAAGGCAAUCCUCGUCAUUGACGAUGAUAUGGACGACUAUGUCAUGAACAAAAUUAUCAAACAAGUAGACAAGGAUGGCGACAAUCAGAUUUCAUACGAGGAGUUCAAGAGCAUGAUGUACAUUACGGCCAGUCAACCGUCCAAAGAAAAUCGCGAAACGUGGCUCAAACGACAAGAAACCUUGUCGUCCGAUGAAGGAGGCCUGUCCAUGGGGUCGUCCGUUUCCACCUACGCGGGCAGCAUGGCCAGUCUCAGGGAGGUUUCCGGAGCCAAGGAAGUGCUUUCCAUUUUCGACGUUAGCAGCAAUGCCAGCAUAAUGCUCGACUUUUCCAACGACGAUGGAUUCCAGCACAAACGUACUGGUGGUGAUGGCAGCAGUCAAAAAUCGCUCUCCAAUAUGACCGGGCCCGCUUACAAUACCGACGGAAGUGGACAACCGGGCUUUCGACGCAAUCGAAGUUUGCCGCAACGAUUCGAUCCGCGUCGUGGCUUUCUAAAGGUCAAUUUCUCCUUCAACAAGGAUCGAAGCUUUGCUAGUGCCGGAGAGCUGCCAGCAUUGGCCGAAAUGACAGCCAGUGAACGCAACCUCAUGGAGGGCAACGAGGAUCCCAACGAUGAACUGACGAACAGUGAGCGGGAACUCUUGGAAAGUUCGAGGGCGUAAAAUGGACGAGCAAUGUCAGUACCCCGACGAAACGAUGUGUGUAUCAGCAAUGGGGAAGGUGCCAUGUAACAAUUCGCGAAGGAGCAAACAGAUUGGUUGACGACGAAAAGCCUGGGAUGGAAACGAUUCGAUUCAACCAUUCGACUCGGCUCGACUUGAGCGAAGCCAUUGAACGACGCGUUUGAAAGCAAUGAUGCGUUGUGCGACUCUGUCUAGCUAGUAGAUCAGGAACCUGCCGAGUCCAGCCCGCUUGACGAUUCAAACUAGUAGCCAGUAGCCAGUUUGGAUGCAAUUCGUAUGUACCAGUACUAGUUGUUUCUAGUACUCAGUAGGUUCACUUGUUUCUUCCGUCUUUGCUUCUCUGGCAACUGCAACCCCCGAAAAACACCAGGCGCUGUAAUUCAGGAGAUCAAAAGUUUGAUAACGAUGGACUUUCUGCUAUCCAAGGGGCGGAAUUACCGUUCCAGUACAAAUUUGCUGACUCAAGCUGACGACAGUCAAGCUAACCGGUUGCUAGCGAACUUGCAGCAGCAAUUGACUGUAUUGACCAAACAAACAGCCCAGCCAGCCAGCACCGUAUCCACCUACCGGUGCUCUAAACCCCCUCUUCCCCGAUGAACGGACCAAUGCGUUCGUCGAUUGGCCCGGAGAUUCGAUUGUCGAUUCAUUCGACUCAAUCUGCACGCACCCUCCACCACCCUCGGGGAUAGAUCGCACUAAUCCCGAGCCAACCAAACUAUUGGUUGAGUCUUCGUUCAACUCACUAGCUAGCCACGGCAACAUACAAGAAGAACCCAGCCAGGGCACAAAUGAGGGUGCAACUAACCUUCACAGCAGCGGUACCGUACCUGCCUGCACCCCCACUGGUGAGGCGGGCACGGAUUUUCUAUUUACUCUUCAAAGCCCACGUUCAGUUCCUCAUCGUUGCGCUCUUCUUGUCACAAGUGACGUAUGGCUGGAUUGCCGUAGUCCCUACUUGAAGUAUGGAUUGCCGUAGUCCAUACUUCACUUGUGACAAGGAGACUUGGACGCGACCUGCUACUGGUAGUACGACUACAACUACUUUAAGGAUGAAGCCAUCAUUUUUGUUUGUAAAGAAUGUCUACUGUGUGUUA